AUGGCGAGUCUGUGGCGGGCAGCGACCGGCAUGACGGAGAAUCCCACCGACUACGAUGGCGUCGAGUUUUGGGUUAACCCAGAGCGCACCGGCUGGCUUACCAAGCAGGGCGAGUACAUCAAGACCUGGCGCCGCCGCUGGUUCGUCCUUAAGCAGGGCAAACUCUUCUGGUUCAAGGACUCAGCCGUCACGCGUGCCUCUCGGCCACGUGGCGUCGUACCUGUCGCCACGUGCCUCACCGUCAAAGGCGCCGAAGACAUCCUCAACAAGCCCAACGCGUUCGAGCUUUCCUCACGCUCCGACACCAUGUACUUCAUCGCCGAUUCUGAGAAGGAGAAGGAGGACUGGAUCAACUCCAUCGGUCGGUCCAUCGUCCAGCACUCCAGAUCCGUCACAGAUUCCGAGAUCGUCGAUUACGAUAACAACUCCGCCAAGCGCUAA